AUGACUGUCGCCUCCAGCUUUGCCUUGUCGAAUGGGCAUGACCCGUCAGGUUUGUCCAAUAGCAAUGGCCACGGCGAUCGGGACCAUGUCUAUGUUGCGAGUCUUUCGAGCAUUGCAGACUCUCUUGUUCAGCGUGCGGUGUCCUAUUAUGACGAGCAGUAUGGCUUCUCAACCGUGAGCCCUCAAGUAUACGAUACUGCUUGGGUUGCAAUGAUCACCAAGACAACAGACGGCGUCAAGAAAUGGUUGUUCCCCGAAUCCUUCCACUACCUGAUUCGAAAUCAGGCUCAAGAUGGCAGCUGGGGCUUUGAUAUCAACUCGCAAACCGUGGGUAUUCUGGACACAGGUGCUGCUCUUUUGGCGCUCCUCCGACAUGCCUCGGAUCCGUGGCAAAUCCUCGAUUACGCCAAGGACGAGAUCGCUGGACGUAUUCGUCUUGCUUCAAAAUCACUCGCUGCCCAGCUCAAGACAUGGAACGAUAUAACCGCCACAAAUCAUAUCGGUGUAGAAUUGAUCAUACCGGCGUUGUUGGAGUAUCUCCGCGACGAGGAUGAUUCUCUGCAUUUUGAGUUCGAGAGCAAAAGUGCGCUCGAUGCCAUGGCCGCAGAAAAGCUCUCUCGCUUCCGCCCGGAAAUGCUGUACGAACAGCGCCCGUCUUCGGCCCUGCACUCGCUGGAGGCUUUCAUCGGUAAGCUCGACUUUGACAGGAUCGCCCAUCAUCUGUUCAAUGGAUCCAUGAUGGCUUCUCCAUCCUCCACCGCAGCCUAUCUCAUGAAUGCCAGCAAUUGGGACGACAGGGCGGAAGGCUACCUCCAAGAUGUCAACCGUCGAGGAACCGGGCACGGUGACGGUGGCAUCGCUGGUACAUACCCAAUCCAUUAUUUUGAGUUUAACUGGACCGUAGCGACGCUGCUGCAGGCCGGCUUUGACUUGGCUGCUACUUCACCUACUGCUGUCAAUAAGAUUGCCGAGAUAGUCAGAAGGGGCUUCGUCCAGGAUCGCGGACGCGCAAUCGAUGUUGACGACACAGCCAAAGGUCUUCUGGCACUGAAACGCCUUGGUCAGAGUUUCGGUCUGUCGCCUGAUGUCAUGAUCAAGAUCUUCGAGAAGGAUGAUGGUUUCGCCACGUUUGGCGGCGAGCGCGAUCGUAGUGUUAGCUCACAUUGCCAUGUCCUUUCGGUGCUCUUGGAAUGGGGGGACAGACCAAGAUAUGCGUCACAGAUUCGCAAGGCAGCAAUCUUUGUCUGCGAGACGUGGUGGAAGCACGACAAACGGUUCAAGGACAAAUGGCAUCUGAGUCACCUCUACCCGACCAUGUUGAUGAUCGAGGCAUUUACGGAUCUUCUCCGCGAGUUUGAAGCCAAUCCCGACUCGGGGGACUUUAACUUUAGCCAGGAGCUCCGCCAGAAGAUCGCUAUAUCGUUAUGCCAGGCCAGCACCCGAACUCUGCUUGAACAGCGCGAGGAUGGCUCGUGGGAGGGAUCUGCCGAGCAGACCGCGUACGCCAUAAUGGGGUUGUCCAAGGCUCGUCAUCUGUGUUUUCUCAAAGACAUCGAAUCCCGGAUGAUAUGGGCAAUUGAGCGCGGCGCCGCUUUCCUCAAGACGUUGAAGACUGCUAGCGCCCGAGUGCCUGGUCGCUACUGGACCUCCAAAACGAGCUAUUCAGUCAAGCUCGUCUACGAAGCUUACGUCUUGGCCGCAUUGAAAGUCUCAACCAGCCUACAGAAGAGUGAGAACAUCGGAUCUACGCUGAGCUUGGUCGAUCGCUUGCCCAAGACGGCUCGUUAUUUGCCUGUCUUGAAACGCAUGGAUGUCUUCUCAUCCAUGCCAGACUGGCUGGUGCAGGCUUCACUGGUUGAAACGUCUCUGUUUGUCCCGCUCCUCCAGGCACAACGGCUCGUUGUCUUUCCAAGAGAUGAUGCCAGCAUGAGUCGCAUGAGCAAGGAUGACUACAUCGACAUCAUCCCAUUCACAUGGGUAGGAUGCAACAACCGCACGAGGACGUUUGCUCCAACUACUCUUGUCUUGGACAUGACCAUUAUGGCGCUGUUGUACUUCCAGGCUGAUGAGUUUAUGGAAUCCGUUGCCGCACCGUACUAUUUGAACGAUUGGGAUAAUCUACGGUCCUUGGUGGAUCUCGUAGCGCACGAAGCAGAAACGUCGAAUGACGCAUUCUCAUGGAUGGACUUUGAGCCACCGUCACCGGAAUUGCCGUUCAAGGUCUACAGUCCGCUUAGACGACAUGCCAACUACAUGAUCCAGCAUGCACACAUGCACGGUGCCAGUGUAGAAGAGAAGAGAAGAGCCAUGCAAGAGUUUAAGAACUUCUGGCUCACACAAGUCACACAAGCUGAAGACAAUGAAAUGUUUGGCAAACAGAUACAAUGCGGCAAUGGCCAAUUCUACGACACUGCACGUCCGUUUGCCGACUGGGUACGUACCACUGCGGCCGAUCACGUAGGUGUCAUGUCGCCGUACUCGUGGCUCUGUGCCUGGCUCUCGCAUCACCGAGGCAAUGGCACUGAACUCUUCCCAAGCGCAGCCGAGAAGUACUUUGCAACUGUCGUGGGACGGCAUCUGUCCACGGCGUGCCGCAUGUACAACGAUUACGGAUCUGCAGCCAGGGACGCAGCCGAGGGCAACGUCAAUUCUCUCUGCUUUCCUGAAUUUUACAAACAGAACUCUGUCGACCUGAGAGCGCGGAAAGCUGAAUUGACAACCUUGGCAAGGUACGAGGAACGUUGUCUGCAGACAGCGCUUGACUGUCUGGAAGAGGCAGUAAUCGCAGCACAUGGGAACAGCCCAGAUGGAUCAUUCCACCAACGCAAGACCCGUUUGGUAAGGUACUUCUGCGAUGUUGGGACGAGCUUCAGUCAGUUUUAUGUGCUUCGCGACCUUUCGGCUACAACUGGUCGGGAUCCUACACGGAGCCAUGUGUGA